AUGGCACCACUAUCGAGUUUAUCGACCAAAGGAACAAAACCACGCCCCCAUCUUCAGGACUUUUGGAAAAAUGGCGAACUGUCGGCUGACCGCAUAUUUCAACAAAUUCCCCGGCCUGAAAAAAUGGGCGUACAACCUCUCUGGCUUCAACAAAUACGGACUGCACAAGGACGAUGUCCUCGAUGAGUCCAACCCAGACGUCGUCGAGGCUCUGCGCCGGUUGCCCGAACACCUCAAGGACGAGAGGACCUUCCGCAUUGUCCGCGCCAUGCAGCUGUCCCUGCAGAAAGCCUACCUUCCUCAGGAAGAGUGGACCAAGUUUGAAGAAGACAAGAAGUAUUUGCAGCCGUACUUGCAGGAAGUCAUCCAGGAGAGGUUGGAGAAGGAGGAAUGGAAUAAGAAUAUCUAGAUGGUGUGCAAAUUACUGUUAUAGUUUCAAGGAUGAUUGUAAAUAAUAAAAAUGUUAAACCGA